AAACAAACCGCUGUCACUUUUGUUUUUGAUUCUAUGGUGUUUAUGUUGGUGAGAUCUCAUCAAAGUUCUUUCUUAUUAGAAAAAAACGAAUUCUUGAGAAGUCUAAUAUGACUUCAGAAAAUACAAUAAUCAAUCUAUAGAACGCAACUUUUCACAUUGCUCAACAAAUCAUUUCUCGCUAAUUUCAAGUAGUUAUAUAUUUAGCACCGUAUCAACGACGGACAUUUUUAUAAAAUGGGAGGUAUAGUAAGUACUGGGAAAAGUAAUGAAGAUUUAAUAGAUAAUUUAGUCCAAGUCGAUUACAUAAAGUCGUCUUGUGCCGAGAUUGCGUUUAGGGCAGUGGAUAGGGCUGAAUAUUUUUUGCCAGAUAGCAGAGGAAAUGCUUAUCAAGAUGCAGCUUGGAAGUGUGGUCACUUACAUAUAUCAGCUCCUUGUAUCUAUAGUGAGGUGAUAGAAGGCUUAUGCUUAGAACCAGGAUUAUCUUUUUUGAAUUUGGGUUCUGGAACUGGUUACUUGAGUACUGUAGUGGGUAUCAUAUUAGGUUCACGAGGAAUCAAUCAUGGUAUUGAAUAUCAUGAAGAUGUAGUACAAUAUGCUUAUAAGAAAUUGGAAGACUUCAAGAAGUAUUCUGGUGCAAUGGAUGAGUUUGAUUUCUGUGAGCCAGUAUUUGCGAGAGCAAAUUGUUUGUGCCUUACUGAGACUCGUUUGUAUGAUAGAGUUUAUUGUGGAGCCGCUUGUCCAGUAGAAUAUGAGCAAUAUUUAAAGAAUCUCAUUAAGAUUGGUGGUAUCUUGGUGGUACCAAUUGGUGAAAAUUUGAUGCAGUACAAGCGCACUUCUGAUACUCAAUGGGAAUCCAAAUCCUUGCUACCUGUAUCUUUUGCAAAUUUAUUGAGAGAAAAUGAGACAACCCAAGAUUUGAUUAAAUUACUAGAACGUACAGCGAAAUGUGCCUAUCUCGUCCUAGAAAAGUGCGUCCCAGGGAUGAACCAUUUUGAGACUUCGUUUUGGAAGCAGGUCGAGAUCCAACCGCCAAGUUUACAGGCGCUAUCCCGCAAUCUGAUACGCAGCAUCCUGCGCCAGAACAUCGAGAGGGAGACACCGCACGUCGCUAGGACCCCCACCGUGAAGGAGCCUAUUUUCAGGGAGGCUAUGGAGAACAGGAGGCUGAUCAAACGAUACAUAGUUCCCGUGCUGGACGACAGUUCCGACGAUGACCUAUCGGGUCCCGGUUGGUGGGAGUUCAGCAGGAAUAACAACCUGCUGGGACAUCUUUUCGAGGCCCUGAAACAUCGGGAUAGGGACGCGUCGCACGAUAGCGACGACACAAUGCAACACACCGAUGAUUCAAGGACGGAGGCUGGAAGCAGCACCCAAACCGACGAAGAAAGGAGACAGGCCCGUUCUAGAAGUAGCGAUGGAAACCGAAGCUCCUUCACUGAGGAAGCUGAUAGCGAUGGCGGAGUAGUGAUAGAUUCAGAAAGAGAUGGAAGUGAAACAUGCGAAGAAAUGGGUGAGAAUCCCAAUGCUAGGUCAGCUUCCAUGGUUGCAAACGAUGGAUCUGUUUGUAGUUCCAUAUCAUAUCAAGAUAAUAAAAGACAGUCCAAUUUGAAUUCUUCCAGCUGGGCUGAAAGUUCCGAAUCAGACGCAACCAAUUCAAGUCAAUCAAGAAGCACAUUUGAUAGGAAAAAAAUGGACAGCGGUUUAGGAGAUGAGAAUGAAAUUCUCGAAUCGUCAGACAACGAGACUAACGACAACGAAAGAGGGUUUUCCAUGGAGGAAACGGAUCAUAUUAACAGGGUACCUUAUGUGACUGUGAGCGAUACAGAGCAGUCGAGAAAUGCAAAAAGAUCGAGUAGGCAAGGUGGUUCUCGAAGUGUUAAAUGGCGUAGGGUCACUUCUGAGCCUGAUAUGUCUACUGAUUCAGAAAGUGAAGAUGAAAUACCAGAAAGGAGAAUGUAUAAAAGCCGUUUUUCCAUCCCAAUGAAAAAGAAGAUACAAGAAUUACCAUUGCCCCAAGUUCUUAAGAACUAUGUAAAUUAUCAUAGGGAUUUCUAAAACAUCGUUAACAUUAUACAGCUUCGUAUUUACAUAUUUUAGAUUAGCGUGUAUCAUAUUGUGAAACAAAUGUAUGGGUUUUAUUUCAUUAUUAUUAUGAUUAUUAUAAUCAUUAGUGUAAAAAACUGUUUGAGUUGAUAUUUUUUUUUGGAAUAAAGAAAUAGUUCUUUUCCCA